GUCAGGAAAUUCUCACUCUUAAGAGAGAACCCCAAACCUACAGAAUCGAUAUGUUGCUAAGAGUAUUGUUGAUUGUCCAACAACUUCUUCAAGAAAAUAGACAUGCAUCCAAAAGAGAUAUCUACUACAUGCAUCCAUCAGCAUUCAAAGCACAAUCCAUUGUGGACCGUGCAGUUGGUGAUAUAUGCAUUCUUUUUCAGUGUAGUCGCUACAACUUGAAUGUGGUUUCUGUUGGCAACGGGUUGGUGAUGGGAUGGUUAAAAUUUAGGGAAGCUGGAAGAAAGUUUGAUUGUUUAAACAGCUUGAACACUGCAUAUCCCGUUCCUGUUCUUGUAGAGGAAGUCGAAGUUUUUGUUAGCUUAGCAGAGUACAUACUGGUUGUGGAAAAAGAAACAGUAUUCCAGCGUUUAGCAAAUGACAUGUUUUGCAAGACGAACCGCUGCAUUGUUAUCACAGGAAGAGGAUAUCCAGAUGUCUCAACAAGAAGGUUCUUGCGACUCCUCAUGGAGAAGUUGCAUCUACCUGUGCAUUGUCUAGUCGACUGUGAUCCAUAUGGCUUUGAGAUCCUAGCCACAUACCGUUUUGGCUCCAUGCAAAUGGCCUAUGAUAUUGAAUCAUUACGAGCACCAGAUAUGAAAUGGUUGGGAGCUUUUCCUUCAGACUCUGAGAUAUACAGUGUUCCCAAACAGUGUCUUUUGCCUUUGACAGAAGAAGAUAAGAAACGAACUGAAGCAAUGUUGCUUAGAUGCUACCUGAAGCGUGAAAUGCCACAAUGGAGGUUGGAACUUGAAACGAUGCUGAAAAGAGGAGUGAAGUUUGAGAUCGAAGCACUCUCAGUUCACUCACUGUCCUUUCUGUCAGAGGUUUAUAUUCCUUCUAAAAUUCGUCGUGAGCUAAAAACGAUGUCGUCUCUCUCUCGCUUUCUCCUUCGUGGCAACUUCAGCUUCAGCACCCCCACGAAUCGCCGCUUCUUCUCCGCCGUUACCGCUGCUGCAGCCACACCCUCGCCACCAAGACCAUCCCUCAUCACCCUCGUUAAUGACGAACGCGACCCCAAAUUCAUCAUGGAGAAGUUCAAGAAAGCCUGCCAAGCAGAGUGGUUCCGGAAGAAUAUAGCCGUCUAUGAGAAGACCGUUCGCCGUCUCGCUGCAGCCAAGAAGUUUGAGUGGGUCGAGGAGAUCCUGGAAGAGCAGAAUAAGUAUCCAAACAUGUCAAAGGAAGGAUUCGUGGCGAGGAUUAUUAAUCUCUAUGGACGAGUCGGUAUGUUUGAGAAUGCACAGAAAGUGUUCGACGAAAUGUCUGAGAGAAACUGCAAAAGAACAGUGUUGUCUUUCAACGCAUUACUGAAUGCGUGUGUGAACUCCAAGAAGUUCGAUUUGGUUGAAAGUAUCUUCAAGGAGUUGCCAGGUAAGCUCUCGAUUGAACCAGAUGUUGCAUCUUACAAUACUUUGAUCAAGGGAUUGUGUGGAAAAGGUUCCUUCACUGAAGCUGUUGCGUUGAUUGAUGAGAUUGAGAACAAGGGUUUGAAACCUGAUCAUAUCACCUUCAAUAUACUUUUACAUGAGUCGUAUACAAAAGGGAAGUUUGAGGAAGGAGAAAAGAUAUGGGCUAGAAUGGUAGAGAAAAAUGUUAAGCAAGACAUCCGUAGUUACAAUGCGCGGUUGUUAGGACUAGCCAUGGAGACGAAAUCAGAAGAGAUGGUUAGUCUCUUUGACGAACUUAAGGUUAAUGGGAUCAAACCUGAUGUAUUCACAUUCACUGCCAUGAUUAAAGGAUUUGUCGGUGAAGGAAGAUUGGAUGAAGCCAUAACGUGGUACAAGGAAAUCGAGAAGAAUGGUUGUCGCCCAAUGAAAUUUGUCUUUAACUCAUUGCUUCCUGCAAUAUGUAAGGCAGGCGAUUUAGAGUCUGCUUAUGAGCUCUGCAAGGAGAUAUUCGCUAAGCGUCUGCUAGUUGAUGAGGCUGUCUUGCAGGAGGUAGUUGAUGCAUUGGUGAAAGGGUCCAAGCGAGACGAAGCUGAAGAGAUUGUCGAGCUCGCAAAGACGAAUGACUAUUUGCAGUGCAAGCUACGUAUCUCUCCCAAAGAGUAGUUCAUUGGCAAGGCUUAUAACUAGUUUUUAUAGUUUAUGUGUUGUCUCUUUAGUGUCUUUUUGCAAACUGCGAGAGGGUGAUUGAAUAAUUGAACUAUCUGUAUUGUGUUUGUGUUGCUUUCAAUUCUCAAAGUUAAAAGAAGUUUUCUUAUUUCCUUUUCUGGUUGGAAAAAAACGACAUGUAUUUG